GAACCGACCAAUAAAUCGUGGGUUGCUACCAAAAAAUUAUGGGAAAUGACCAAAAAAUCGUGGGAACGCACCAAUAAAUCGUGGGAACCAACCAAUAAAUCGUGGGAAACCCUGUAUAUUUGUUUACAUCGACCGAAACGUCAAACGACAUGUUUGGGGAACAACAAAAUCAUAAAAUUGGAUUGAUAAUUCUCUCUGCUGCAAUUGCUUCCAGCAGGUGUAUCAAAUCUGUUUUGCCGAAAAAUACUGCAUCGUGCUGUGCUGUAUCGUAGGCUUGUUGCUUAACACCCAUCUUCACGGCCGAACGGUGAGGAUAACGCGAAAAAAACAGAGCACAAACAGCAGCAUCGGAAGGAGGGUUGGUAGCUUGCAGGGGGUGAAAGCAGCGGCCCGUGUUCCGGAGCAGCAGCAGCAGCAGCAUGGCAACGGCAAAUGCAGCGGUCGUUGUUCCACCAGUGCCGGCUGCCGACGACCAGGACUACCAAGAGUCGGACAAAACGCGUGCCUCCAAUGCGGAAGAUUUUCCCAACUUUCGCGACUUCCAGAUCGUCAAGAUGGUGCAGCACUUUCGCGUCGUGACCGACGGGUCGCAGGAGCAGCUGCGCCUCGGGUUCAAGUGCAAAACGUGCGGCACCACGUUCAACAAAACGAUGCAGCUGCUCGGCCACAUACGGCUGCACUUCGAGGACGAGCACACGUGCCGGGACUGUGGGAAGUACUUUUUCGACCCGAACAAGCUGCAGGUCCACAUCAAAGCGAAACACACGAUCAACAUGCUAAAGUGUCAGCUCGGAUGUCCCCGCUACUCGACGCCCAGCUUCAAAUGCCUUCAGCUGCACUACGAGCGGUUCCAUUUCGUGAAGAUACGCAUGCGAGAGCUGCGCAAAAUGGACGAAGCGAUCCGGAACGGGGGCACCGUCAUGACGCAGAUCAUUUCGAAGAAGCAACAGCGCAAACAGUUGCGCACGCUGGAAGCGCUGCGCUCUGGGUCGAGCGGAGAGGAUUCGCAAGGGGCGGAAGGUCCGUACGAGGGCGAGGAGGAGGAUAUGGAACAGCAGCAGGAGGAAGAUGAGGAGGAGGAAGAGCAAGCCGGAGAGGAUGAGGAAGUCGAGGAGGAACAGCAAUCAGUACCCCAGCCGCAGCAGCAGCAGCAGCAACAGCAACCACAGCAACAACAGUUACUGCAGCCACAGAUACACCUACAGCAGAUACAGAUCCAGCAACCACAGCUAAUACAUCAGCUGCAGCCACAGCAACAGUACGUGAUACAAACGGUCGAGCCGGUCGCGGUGGCAGCAGCACCGGAGGAGGAAGACGACGGGUACGAUGACGAUGAUGACGGUAGCGAAAAGGUCCUGUCGGAAACGGCGGAAGAGAACGCACUGUACGACGACCAGAUGCAGUGUUGCGUUUGUGGCGCCAUCUUCGAGGAGGAGCAGCAGCUGGAGCAGCACGAAAACUCGCACACCGCUCCGCUCGAGUGUAGCUUCUGCAGCAUGACCUUCCUGCAGCUGCCGGACAUACGGGCGCACUACCAGGCGCGCCACCAGGCCAUCAGCCGACCGUCGCAGCAGUACGUGAUUGCUCACCCGAGCGGGUCUCUGGUGCAGCAGCAAGCUUUACACCAAAUCGUACACAAUCCACAUCAGCUGCAGCACGACCAGCAGCAACAGCACCAGCAGCAUCAGCAGCCGCAGAUCCAGCAAACGGCGCAAUUCAUUCCGAGCGCAGCGAACGGCGCCAUGACGACGAUGCUGGUGAUGCAAAACGGCAUGCUCAUACCGGUGCACGCGAUCGACAGUGCGCAGCUGACGGCGGUGAAUCCGUACCAGCAUCAGCAGGCUCCCACCACCACGCUAACACCGAUCGCCCAAAGCCCCCAAAUAGCGUGGCCCAUAACGGCAACACCGAUAGCGACGACCCACCAUCACCACCACCAGCAGCAGCAGCAGAUCCUUCCGCCGGUUCACAAUCAGAUCGAAAUCAUCCCGCUCCACAGCAGUCCGCAAGCCGGUGGUGGCGGUGGUGUUGCUGCUGCUGGUGGUGGAGCACAGCAUCACAGCAUCAUCGCCUCGAUCGGGACAUCACCGCAGCAGCAACAGCAGCAGACGCAAACGCUUACCCCGAUUCAGCUGAGCAUUAAGGAUGCGAGCGGCAAUGUGAUUGGAGGUGGCGGGACGGCACCAAACGCAACCGGUGGCUACGUUAUCAAUCAGAUUGCAUCGAUCGAUCCAAGCUAUCUGAAGCAGAUCGAUCCAGUGUUACACCAGCAACAGCAGCAGCAGCAGCAACCGCAACAGCAAAUACAUGCCCAGUGGCAUACAUCGGCCCAGCCGCAGCAACAGUUUCAUUCGUAGUAAUG